AUGUAUCUCUUCAAUUUCACCAAGGAGAAUACACCACCUAUUCAACAAAACUGCGGUAAAACGAUCUUGUAUGAGGGGUGGUUAUACAAGUGGACCAACUUUAUUGGUUCUUGGCGUCAGCGUUAUUUCACACUUUACGCUGGAUCACUCUCAUAUUCUAUUGAAAAAAACUCCCCCGUCAAAGAAACAUUUUCUCUUUCCCACUGCAAAAUUCGGAUCUGUCCAGACGAUCCUGUCAGGCUCGAAAUUGACACACUUGAACGUGGGAUAAUAUUCUUACGUACAGAUAAUAUAACCGAGAAGCAGAAGUGGUAUGUGGCCAUUAAACGGACACAACAACAGUAUAUGAAGGUUUGCCGCCGUGAUGUACGAACGCCUGCAGGUAUAUAUUCGGUGUCACUACCAGCAAAUUCUGAAUUUGAAAAGAUUGAAUUACAAAAAAAAUUGGAACUACUAGAUUCCAAGUCACCAGAGUGCUCUCAGAUAACGGAUAGGCCUAGAUCAUUUGAGAACGCUAACAAGCCACCUAUAGACAUUAACGAAUUAUUUAUAAAGUCCAGUGCUGAUUUAGAAUCUAAGUCACCACUAAAUUGUUUAAUAGACAACCUACUUUCAUUCAGAGAAAUUUCUAAGGCAUUAUUUGAUGAGUUACAUUCAAUAGAAUCCAUAACCCUUUCACACAUCAGCAACAUUACACAAUCUGCCGGAUCUGGAUCAGAUAAAUCCCUAGAGAGCAAAUUUAUUGAUCUAAUUCAACGAAUCGAUAGUAUUGAGAAAUUGCUAUCCAACUACAACAGUUCGAUGGAGAAUUUGUUGACAGAAGAGAAUAGCCAUUCUAAACAAUUAGAAAAGAGUCUUAAAUGGCUAGCCAAGCAAAAUUAUCAGCUUGAAAAGGCACAACUCAACGUUGGAAUCGCUCAUGGAGCUUGUAGAAAUAGGAGUGGUGAGAUGAACAUCAAGAGGUCUCCUGGUCCCUUAGGCAGCACAAAACUUUCCCAAGAAAUGAAGGCGGUUACCAAUGAAAGAUUGCUUAUGUCAAACGAACAGGAGACAGACGAGGAAUUCUAUGAGUGUGAAGAUAACAAUUCAAAUUUCAAAUACCCGAGCUCAAAUUCUUCAAACAUAUCUGAUAAAACAAUUACAACACCCGCAUUGGAUAUCACGAGAAUUGAUAGUGAUAGACUAGAUAAGCAAUCAAUGGAAUCAAAAGAACCUACACCAUCCCAUGAGAUUAAAACUUCUUCGACAAAUUAUAAAUUUGAAUGGAGAACAAAAUUACCGGUUCCCAGAACUUCGCUAAAGAUUAGUCUUUGGUCAAUCCUGAAGGAAUGUAUUGGUAAGGAUAUUAGCAGAAUCCGUUUGCCAGUGUAUCUAAAUGAGCCAACAUCAUUCUUGCAGAGGGCUUCGGAGGAUUUCGAAUAUUAUCAAAUACUAGAUAAGGCUGCAACUUUUAGAGACAGUGUAGAGCGCACAGCCUGGCUGACAUUGUUCACCAUCACUCCCUACGAAUCAGUUGUGGGUAGAACUUACAAGCCCUUUAAUCCCUUGCUGGGUGAGACAUUCGAGCUCACUCAUUUUGGUUAUGAUUUUUUUACAGAACAAGUUGAACAUCAUCCACCAUUGGCAGCGUUUGACUGCAAGAACCAAAAUUUUCAUUCAUACGGACACACACAUGUACAGUCAAAGGUUACUGGUAAAUCAGUUGAGGUUAAGGUUUACGGGCCUUACUACAUCGACUUAAACCUUAAAUAUAGUGGAGAAUGUGAACACUAUAAAGUACAAAGGGUAAAUUUGGUUAUUCACAACAUUAUUUUUGGUACUAUUUGGAUUGAAUUUGUGGGUACCUCUAUUAUAACGAACUUUUCAACGGGAGAUUUCACAAUCGUACAAUUUCUAAAAAAGGGAUGGUUUGAAAAGGAUAUACACAAAACACGCGCUGUUGUAUUUGACUGUGAAGGGAAUGGGAGGUUCUACAUACAUGGGAUUUGGUCAGCCUACCUAAUUCUUGAGAAGAUAAAAAAAGGAACCAGUGUUUUUUUCACCCCCUGGAAACACUCUAACGGGGGUAGGAUGAUAAAUCCAAACAACACCUUCAAUUAUGACAAGAGUGCAUUCAAAACAGAGGGAGAUGCCUGGGACAGCUUCAUAUCAAAUAUAGAUUGGGAAAAUAUACAAGUUGAACCAGGAUCGAGGAUUCAGGCCUGGAAACCCAAUAAAAAGCCUGCUAACAAUUCCAUCUACUACGGCUUUAGUUAUAUGACAAUGCAACUUGGCCAGGUUUCGCCACACUACGAUCCAGCGCAUGGUUCUGUAAUUGCAACUACCGAUUCUAGAUUUAGACCGGACAUAAUCGCAUAUGAGAAAGGAGAUUUGGAGCUUGCAGGGAAGGAGAAAAACAGGGUGGAGGAGAAACAGCGAGGAGCAGCUUUAAAUCGUAAAGAGCCGUACAAACCUCUCUAUUUUAAGAAAAUUCCCCACCCAAUCACUGCAGAACCCGUUUAUAUCUUCAAUAACUUAUAUUGGGAAAGGAAGCGAGAUGGAACAUUAAAUGAUUAUUCUCCGGAUAUAUUUUAA